CAAAUAAUUGACCCGUUUCCAUUUUUGACAAAUUAUUCGGAGUUUCUUUUGAAGAAAGAAAAGCUUGUCACCUUUUCCGGGUAAAACCAAUUUAAACAAUCAGUAAUCACCUCCAAGGUUCCCAAAAUUCACAGACAAUGGCUUCAAACUUCCAGAUUCUUCUACAUCACCACCCUUAUUUUAGCUUUAAAUCUUCAAUAUAAUUCACGCCCUUCUUGCCAUUCAAGAAACAAAGUUUUCUUCAAACAAAAAAACUUAAAUUUCCUCCAGAAUCGUUAAUCUUGUAACAAAUUCAAUAUACGAAAAAUCAAUCGUUUUUCUUGAAACCCAGUUCAUAAAUGAUCCAGAAAUUGAAGAAUUUUGAUCAAAGAUAAGCACAUUUUCUUCCCCUAAAAUCAUGGCGUCAUGGUACAGAAGAUCAAGGUUUGUUUACAGUACUUUCAGAUGCUUUAGUUCUAGAUUAUUGCCUAAAACCCCAGUUCAAUCUCCUGCCCCAAGAGUUGAUUCCAGUUCAUCUUCUUUAUUUUGCAAUCGAUUUAAGUCUUCUGGGUUAUUUGGGUCACCUUCAAUUUCUUCAAAAUUUGGGAAUUUUAAUGGGUUAAAGAAUAAUCAAAGUAGCUUGAUUUCUGGUAUUACUAGGAGAAAUUACUAUGUUGACAGAAACCAAAUGUAUCAUUUUAAGCCAAGAGGUUUUAAAUCAUGGUUUCAGAAUCCUAGGCAUUUGUUCAUUGUAAUUGUGAUUGGUUCUGGUGUUGUGAUUACUGUUUAUUUUGGGAAUUCUGAGAUUGUGCCCUAUACAAAGAGGAAGCAUUUGGUCCUUUUGUCAAAAACCCUAGAGAGGCAAAUUGGGGAAAGUGAAUUUGAAAAGUUGAAGAAACAAUAUAAGGGGAAAAUUUUGCCUGCAAUACACCCUGAUAGUGUGAGGGUUAGGUUGAUAUCUAAAGAAAUCAUUGAGUCAUUGCAGAGAGGGAUUAGCCAUGAGCAAGUGUGGAGUGAUCCAGGCUAUGCCGUGGAAGGCGGUAGCUAUAACGAGGCUAAUGGACACGAAACCCAGAAGGUGUUAACUGAUAAGCUGGAAGAGAAUGCAGUUGAGAGUUGGCGUAAGGAGGAGGAGGUGCUUGAUGAUAAUUGGGUUAAGGAUAGUAGGAAGAAGGGGAGGGAGCAUAAUGCUAAGGCAAAUACUGAGCAUUUGGAAGGGAUGAAUUGGGAAGUUUUGGUGGUUGAUGAACCGGUUGUCAAUGCCUUUUGUUUGCCCGGUGGGAAGAUUGUUGUUUUUACUGGAUUGCUCAAGCAUUUUAACUCGGAUGUUGAAGUAGCUACAAUCAUUGGACAUGAGGUUGGGCAUGCUGUGGCUAGACAUUCUGCAGAACAGAUUACAAAGAACUUGUGGCUUGCAAUCUUACAACUGAUCCUUGUUCAAUUCAUCGCGCCUGAUUUUGCCAAUGCAAUGUCAAAUCUUUUACUGAGGCUUCCUUUUUCUCGAAAGAUGGAAAUAGAAGCAGAUUACAUUGGACUUCUUCUGAUGGCUUCUGCUGGAUACGACCCACGAGCUGCACCCCGGGUAUAUGAGAAGCUUGGAAAGAUCUCUGGUGAAUCCGGACUAAGGGAUUAUCUUUCAACCCAUCCGUCUGGGAAAACAAGAGCACAGCUAUUAGUUCGAGCUCAUAUAAUGGAGGAAGCAGUGAAUAUAUACCGUGAAGUUGCUGCAGGGCAUGCAAUUGAAGGUUUUCUGUAACCAUAAACAUCUGUAUCUCCAGCAACUUGGCCUGUUUUGUGGUUUUCAAAAUAACUCUUGAAUCUUUUAUGGAAUUCAUCUGUUCAAGUUUUUCCAUUCGGGACUCCAAUGUGAUUUGCGUUUUCGCCCACAAUUUUGGAUGUGCCUUUCAAUGGAAACCAGUUUUAUCGACUGGACUCAUUGAACAAACAUUAGUUAAAACUAAUAACUGUAAUUUUAUCCAUGUAAAUCAAAUUAUUUCUA